AUGUCGUCCUACGGGCAACUGCUCAGUGCCCGCUGUGCUUCGCCUUGCGAGGUGACCUGUAGCCAGCCCUACGUGGAUGCCUGCAGCGAGCCCUGCGUGGCCGCCUGCGGCGAUUCCCGAGCCAUCGUCUACGCCCCACCCGUGGUCGUGACAUUCCCGGGGCCCAUCAUCAGCUCCUGCCCCACGGAGAGCAUCGUCGGCUCGUCCAUCCCCGAAAUCGGCGGGGGAAUGGGGUCUGGAGGGGGUGGGAUGGGGUCUGGAGGGGGUGGGAUGGGGUCCGGAGGUGGAGGGAUGGGAUCGGGAUGGGGGUCUGGAGGAGGAGGGAUGGGGUCUGGAGGAAUGGGCUCCUCCUGCGGGGGAGGCGGCUCCCACGGGAUGGGGUCGGGGGGCUCCUGCGGGGGAAUGGGAGGGGGCUCCUCCUGCGGGGGUGGGAUGUCGCGGCUGGCGAGCCUCUACCGCGGCUCCUACUUCUCCGGCUACGGUAGGAAUUAUUAUCCCUAUUCUUCCCGAGGGUACUACAGGUAUCGCUACGGGAACUACGGGCCUUUUUAA